UGUGGAGUCAGAAAAGUAGUUUGGUGCUGAAGACUCUUCUCCGCUGUCAUGGAGCCUGUGAGCAGGAAGCACCAUGUUGGAUCCGUGUGGCGCUGCGUCGUCUUCCUGCUGAGCCUCCAGCUGAAGCUCGGCCUGACGGGAGACUGCCCUGCAGAUGGACGCACCUGGGUGCCCCUUCAAGACAGAUGUUACCACUUUAUUCACGGACAGGAGGACAAAAUCAAAAGCUACACUUUUGAAAGAGCAAAAUCCCUCUGCCAAGGGUUCGAGCUUCUGACCAUACAGAGUGUGGAGGAAAAUGACUUUGUCAUUAAAUAUAGCCCAGAGGUGUGGAAAGGCAAUGUCAACGUGUGGCUGGGAAUGUAUUAUGACACAAGCAGUGAUGACAUGAGGUGGUUCGGCGAGGACCCCGUGGGAUUCACUAACUGGGAGGACAGCUCGUCUCCGUCAGACCUCGUGCCCCUGGACACGUGCGUGACCCUGCACAGCAACACGGGAAAAUGGGAAAAUGUCAGCUGCCUGGACGAGGUGGAGAACGGUGUGAUCUGUGAGAGCGUUCAGAAACCAGAGGAAGCCAAGCAGAAAGCCAGCGUGCUGCUGACGGCCCUGGUCAUUCUCAGCGUGGUGGCUAUCAUGGGAGUCUCAGCCGUUAUUUGGUUCCUGCACCAGAAGCACAAUCUUGGCUCCACCCUCUUCACGGCAUUUGAGUACCACCCUCCGUUCCGAGUCCUGGAGACGGACCAGUCCUGCCUGGUGGAGGCCGAGGAGAACGACAGUGUGCCGUAGAACAACCCCCCCUUCUCACUGGGUGGGUGUUCAUUCGAAGAGAAUUCCACUUUUACAGCAGUUACUGAGGCUUCAUCCAUACUCAUAGGUUUUAGUUUUUAAAAUAGGACGAAAAAAUCUCCGUCCAGACUUGUGCUUUAGCUCCAAAUCAGUAUUUAUCUCCAUCCAUAUUAACAGGCUUGCGAAUGAGAAACAGCAAUGGUGAGAUUGGGAUACGUUUAUUUGGACCGACCAUGAGGUGGAACAAGUCUUCACAUACAUGAGUACAUGCAGUUUGUUUUUCCAAACUUCUAUGUUUCUGCCCGUCCAUACUAAAACACAGCCCAGGAGUUUUCAAACUAAAACGGGACCAGAUGUGUUUUCAAACUUCUCCGUCUUUAGGCACUUGAAAAUGUGGUCAUGUAGUCGCCAAGUCUAACCCUAGCAGCAGUGGUGCUUUAAUAAAGCUAAAACGUUGCCGUGUGGAUGAAGCCUGAGACAGUUUUUCGGUGGAGUUUCAUGCCUGUGUCCCGUCUGAAUAAUUUAGUGUGACUGUGUGAAAACUGACCAGGAUACUUUUGAUACUAACCUCUUCACAUAAAUAUGUCACUGUGUCUGCUUUUUUUUGUCGUCUGCACUAAGGGACACUCGCUUGAAUCAGAUGUUAAUUUCUUACAGCUGUACCUCGAAGUCAACAUCACCCGUCACACUAGGUUAACAUCAAGCGCUACACUGCCUGUGGAAAAUAACUUGUUGCGUAUUAAAAUGGGAGGAAUGGGUUAAUAUUAGAGCUAAGCGUUGAUACUUUGUGUGAGUAGACAUUUUCUGUUUGCCAUAUAUAGUAUUAUCCUCAGAAGGUUGGGAGAUUUUGACUCAUAUUCCUCAGUAUUAAUUGAAGCUCAUAAAUGCUGCAUUCUUCUGUACAUUAGCAUAUUUUCUCUAUUAUAAAUGUAUUGUCUUUAAGCCUGAUCCCCAGGGGUCAUUUUAUCAGACAUCAUACAGCUUCCUCCAGUGUCAUGAUGUGAGGACACAACGGUAGAACUUCAGUUGUUUCCCUUCAUGUGGUGUUCAUAGAAACAGGAAUCUUUAAUCACAAGGUUUAAAAAAUGCACAUGUACAUAGUGGGAUCAGAACGCGAGCCCAGUGAUCAGUUGCCUGGUUACAUGUAUGUAAAUGAGCCAAUGAGGUUGAGUCUGUAGAGCUGAUAUUUUUUGUCCAGGUAUCCUAUUGAUAUGGAAAACGAUCCUAAAUAAAUACACAUAUACAUCCUGA